AUGGCGAUCGGAUCUGGGGCUGAAGAGGAGUCGUCGUCGCGCUCGUUGGCUUCGUCGUCGCGCUCCGCGUUGGUGCAACACAUCCUCCCCGCGUUGGCCUCGGCACUCUCCCCCGACCCGACCGCACGAACGAAUGCUUCGGACCAACUGCAAUCCCUCACGACCCAUCCGGGCUACUACGAUGCGCUGGUGACCAUCUUCUCGUGUCGCGAGCCGGUGACGGAUGCGAGUGCGAGUGCGAGCGCGAGCGCCGGCACGAGUGCGCACCUGGAUCGACAGAUCAAGUUGCAGGCCGGGGUGCAGUUCAAGAACGGUGUCGAUCGACAGUGGAGGAAGACAGCGAUCAAGUGAGCUCGCAGUUGGCGGUCAGGAUCGCACGCAGGUCGACUCGUAGAACUGAUCGCUCCUCGGUUGUUUCGCAGCCCUUUGAGUGACGAGGAAAAGGCAGCGAUAAGAUCAAAGCUGCUGGCCAUGGUCGAUGUGCCUGAUCGAGUGGUGCGUUGAUGAUCCAGCGCUUUCGUCCCCUUGCGUGCUUCCGUUGACGCGCUCGUUCGUUUUUCCCUUCUCCUGCCGAAAAGCUCGCCAAAACGGUGGCGCUUUCGAUCGGCAAGAUCGCAAGACUCGACUAUGGCACGGACUGGUACGCAUCCACGAGAACCACAAAACGAGCAAAGAUAUUGACCUGUGUCUCUUGGAUGAUGAUCAUGCGUCUACAGGGAACAGUUGCCGCUGUCCUUGCUCCAGUCACUCCAAGUCGGACUCACUAGCCAAGACGCUCGAUAUGCUCGUUUGGUCGUCCAUCGAACGCUGCUCUACAUCCACCAGACCGUCAAAUCCCUCUCGUCGAACCGCACUCUGCGUGGGCGAACCAUAAUGGGUCUCUUUACCGAUAUCUUAUUUUCCACCGUUCGCCAAACGCACGUCGCAACCCUGGGAAUGGCCCGAGCAAGAUUGGCCGAAUAUGGGUGGUGCAAAGGCACCCCCUUCACGGCCGCGGACCUUGGCUACAGAGGGGACGACAUCGAAGAAGCCGAGUUGACCCUGCUGGCGUUCAAAAUACUGUCCAAAAUGACCGUCUACGGCUUCAAGGACCCCUCGCAGGACGAAAGAGCAAAAGUCAGUGACGAGCCGUCUAACGAACCCCUUGUCUCUCUUGGGAGCUGAUCCAAUCAGACUCCUCCCUUCCGUUCAGUCGUUCUUUGUCUCGACUCUCGAAUCUUUUGGGUCCCGAUUCAACGAGCGCUUUUCAAUCCUCUCCGCCUUCCAUGUCAAGGUCCCGACUUGCCCCCGUCUCGGCUACCUCACCAAGCUCGUCAUCUCCUACUGCAAACUCUACCGCAACCUGCUGACCCAAGCGCCGGAUUCGCUCGACAAGAUGGGUAUGAGCGAGCAAAUUGUGCUCCACUUCUCUUCGAUCGUUCAACAGGCUAGUAUCGACACGAGUCGCAUCUCAGGUGAGUGGGUACAAAAACCCUUGUUCUGGAGGGGUUCCUUCGAGACUGAUGGUGGGUGUCGUGCCUGCAUCAGAUGAGGUGACCUCGCUCUACCCCGAACGACUCGUCGUACACAUUCUCCUCUUCCUCCGAUCCACCCUAGGCGAUUGGGCCUCGACGUCGCCCUUGGCGAGCCUACCGCUCAAUUUUGCUCCCGAGUUCGCAGAGAUCCUCGUCACGCGGUUGAUGCCCUUGCGCCAGAGCGAUCUCGAAAAAUGGCGAGACGACCCCGAGGAAUGGAUGAACGAAGAGGCCGCCAACCGGGAAGAGUUUGAACUCCGUCCUUGCGCGGAAUACGUUUUCCGUUCUUUGCUCUCGCACUACAAGGACGAGUUGGCGCCUAUGAUGAAGGCAUGGUUGAGGAGGUCCAUCUCCGUCGAUGGACAGAACAACGAAUGGGAAGCUUUGCUGUUCAAGGAAGGCGUGUACUGCGCUUUGGGGCACUGUCCGGCCGACCUCAAAGAAUCGAUUGACUUUGAGAAUUGGUUAACGACGACGUUGAUCCCCGAGGCGCAUGGGACGUCACCGAACGAGCGCAUCAUUCGACGAAGGAUAGCUUGGCUCGUCGGCAAUUGGGUCGGCGAGGACCUCAACCCUGCGACGCGAAGUCAGAUCUAUGGAGUCCUCGUUCACCUGUUGGGACGCAACGCCUCGACGGACCAAGCCAUUCGACUGACCGCCACGACGAGUUUAUCCAAAUGCGAUACCUGGGACUUUGAUCAACAGAGCUUCUUGCCAUUUUUACCGAGUGCGAUCGAGGAAGUCGUGCAGCUGUUGGGUGAAGUGACCUCGAGUGAUACGCAAAUGAGGGUGAAUCAGGCUCUGGGGAUCGUAAUCGAUCGAGUCGGCGUUUAUGUGAGUGACCGUGCUACGAGAUCAGGAUGAAAUUACGACCGAAUUUCGGCUGACACGUGUCUGACCAUACCAGAUCGCCCCCUAUGCACCACAACUCGCCGGGAUCCUUGCUUCGCUUUGGUCGGGAACGGCAGAGAACCAUUUCCAAGUGUCAGUGAUCGUGACUUUGACCAAGCUCGUCGAGGUGAGCACGGAAGACUGUGUUACGGUAAAUUUUGGUGGAGCUGGCACUGAUCAUGAUUAAAAGUGCAGGCACUUGGUGAUAAAGCACAGGCGUUGCACGCUCAGGUUUGUCCGAUCGUGCAGCACAGCGCGGACCCGUCAUCGGUGAGUUUAGGAUGCGAUGUGUCGAGUAGCCACAUGGUGCGGAUCACUGACAUCGACGAACUCGAAAAUGACAGCCUUCGCACGUCUACCUUCAAGAAGACAGUCUUGAGCUCUGGCAGGCCCUACUCAAGCGCUCUUCGGCACUGUCACCGGAACUAGUCGCGCUCAUUCCAUUACUCAUCACCCUCCUCGCGGCCGGAACCGAUAUGCUCCCGCGAUGUCUCGCGAUCCUCGAAUCCUACCUCCUUCUUGACGGGCCUCAGAUCCUUCGGCUUUGCUCAAGCGAUUUGUUCCGAGCCUUCUCGACCGUUUUGGGUGACGAUUCAGCGGACCUCAGAUUCGAACCGACCAAAGUCAUUCUCCAUGGACUCACGACCAUCUUCCAAACGUGUCCCAUCCAACUGUGGGCAGCGCAGCUAGAAGACUCGAUCGUAUUCGUCAAACUAUGGACGGCGAUGAGGCCCCAACCUGAGGAUCGAAGGGAGGCGAGGACGGUGACGAGGUACUUGUUGGCACUUGCGAGGAUCGUCUUGGCGGGACCCGAGACCUUCUUCCAAUUGAUCGAGGCAAGUGCUGCCAGGACGGGAUUGGGUCAAGCUGCUAUCUUGGAGACCGUCGUCGUUGCUUGUAAUGAGAAGGUGAGCUGAGGUUUCGGAACUCGUCUUCCUCAUUUCACGCUUGCUGACGCUGGGAUUCGCACAGCUCGACUUCAUCUCCUCCGAGGGUCAUCGCAAACUGAUCGCACUCGCGCUUGCGUCCCUCACCUCUUCCUGUCCACCCGCGCUCGCUCCAACAUUACACCACCACUUCAUCCCGAUCGUCUCGACGUGGUGUUCGGUCCUCGCCCAAACAGAGGAAGACGACCUCGGCGCCGCCGAGGUGUACGAAGUCGAAUCCGACGCCCAAGUCGAUUACGUCGAUACGUUGGAAACCACCCGACGAGGGGCGUUGGCGAGGAUCGAUCCCGUGCGAAGCGUCAAAGUUGCGACGUUCAUUUCGCAACAGUUGGGCAUGGUCGUUCAACGUUGUGGUGGUUUGGAAGGGUUCAGGAUGACGUGGUUGUCCGCGGUCGCGGAUGGGGAGAUCCUGUCCGAACUGGAGAAGAGGUUGAAUGGCACGCUCGCGGGCUAA